AUGAGAAAGACCAGCAAAAAAGUAGCAAACUCUAAUAAUGGCUUUUGUUUUUUGAGCACCAACUGUAGCUCUAGUGGUAGACAUGGUGAGGUUUCUCAAUUCUUUCUUCUCCAUUGCCAUGUCCUCCUCCAUGCUGCAAAGUGGAAGUUGGACAGGUUGCUCUCUAAAAUAAAAAAUAGAAAGAAAGAAAGAAAAAUAAGAUGGACAAUGAUGAAGCUAGCUAGCGGCGUCGACAUUGAGCCUAAACAAUUUAAUAGCAUUUGUCAUUGGCUAAUAACAAUAAGCCUGAAAAAGAAAACUAUGCGUCCAUCCAUUCUCAAACAUGCCUUUCCCCUUCCUCUCCUUGGCUUCUUUCUCUCUCUUCUCUUUCUACCACCUUCUCCUUCUCCUCAACCUAAACCCCCCAAACCUCUCUCCUCCCACCAAGACGAACUCGAAGCCGCGUGGAGGAGAGAGAGAGAAAGGGGAGGACCGGAGGAGGACUCCUCGUCUACAUUGCGGUCUCCGGCGGCGGCGGCGGGGUUGCCGCCAUCUCGCUCUGUAGCCUGUAGCGGCGGCGGCGCGGGGGAGAUGGAGAGCGUGGCGGCGGCGGCGCGGUCGCUGCGUGCCGGGGUGGAGAAGUCGCGGGCGCUGGGGCAGGCGCUGGCGCGGGCGGGGCCGCGGGUGGAGGAGAUCCAGCUCGCGCUGCCGGCGCUGGAGGCCGCCGUGCGCCCGAUCCGUGCGCCGCGGGCCGAGCUGGCCGCGGCGGGGCCCCACAUCGACCGCGCCGUCGGCCCCGCCGCGGCCGUGCUCAAGGUGUUCGACGCCGUGCACGGCCUCGAGCCGCCGCUCCUCGCCGCGGGCGCCGUCGCCGGGGACCUCGCGGGUUACCUCGCCGUGCUCGGCCGCCUCGAGGAGGCCCUCAGGUUCCUCUCCGAUAACUCCGGCCUCGCCGCGCAGUGGCUUGCGGACAUCGUCGAGUACCUCGGCGACCAUGACCUCGCUGACCCAAGGUUCCUCGCCGACCUCGCCGUCACCCUCGAGGGGCUCAAGAAACCUUCCGGUGACCUCGACGGUGGCCUCCUGGCGGCCGCUCUGGACAUGCUCGAGGCAGAGUUCCGCCGCCUUCUCGCCGACCACUCUGCACCGCUCCCGCUCGCGAUGCAGCAGCUGAACACAACCUCUGCAUCUACUGCCGCGCCGUCUCUCAUCCCGGCCGCGACCGUUCACAAGCUCAGCCUGAUUCUUGACCGCCUCAUUGCCAAUGGCAGGCAGGACCGUUGUUUGUCCGUGUAUGCUGAUGCCCGCGGAGGCGUGGUGAGUGCCAGCCUCCGUGCCCUUGGCCUCGAUUACUUGCGAAACCCGGUCGACGUCGCGCAGGCGUUGGGCCCUGGAGUUGAGUUGUGGGGGCGGCAUUUGGAGUUUGUGGUGCGCUGCCUUCUUGAGUCCGAGCGACAGCUCUGCAACAAGGUGUUUGGGCAGCGCAAGGAUGACGCAUCAGCGUGCUUCGCUGAUGUUGCAGCGCACGCCGGCAUUCUUGAUUUCUUGAGCUUUGGUCGUGCGGCUGCUGAUGCGAAGAAGGACCCCAUUAAGCUCCUGCGUUUGCUGGAGGUGUUUGAUUCUUUGAAUAAGCUAAGGUUGGACUUCAACCGGUUGUUUGGUGGAAAGAAGGCGUGUGUAGAGAUUCAGAACCAAACAAGGGACCUUGUGAAGUUGUUAGUGGAUGGUGCUGUUGAGAUCUUUGAGGAGUUGCUUGUGCAGGUGGAGCUGCAGCGGCACAUGCCUCCCCCACCUGAUGGGGGUGUGCCGCGACUAGUUAGCUUUGUGGUUGAGUACUGCAAUCGCCUCCUUAGUGAGAAGUACAGGCCUGUGCUUGCGCAAGUUCUCACCAUCCAUCGCAGUUGGCGCAAAGAGACAUUCAGUGACAAGAUGCUUGUUAACGCGGUGCUUAACAUCGUCAAGGCCCUUGAAGCUAAUUUUGAUGUCUGGUCAAAGGCAUAUGACAAUGUGACACUGUCAUAUCUCUUCAUGAUGAACACACACUGGCAUUUCUUUAAGAACUUGAAGGCUACUAGGUUAGGCGAGCUUUUGGGUGAUGCGUGGCUGCAAGAGCAUGAACAGUUUAAGGACUACUAUCUGACGGUGUUUAUGAGGGAUAGUUGGGGGGUGGUUUCACCGCUGCUCAACCGGGAGGGGCUAAUCUUGUUCUCCAAGGGCCGGGCCACGGCAAAGGACCUGGUGAAGCAGCGCCUUAAAACAUUCAAUGCGAGCUUUGAUGAGAUGUUCCGUAAACAAUCUGCAUGGGUUAUACCAGAGAAGGACUUGAGGGAGAAGACAUGUGGUCUUGUGGUUCAGGCAAUUGUUCCUGCUUACCGGAGUUAUAUGCAGAACUAUGGGCCACUGGUGGAGCAGGAUGUUAGUGCUAGCAAGUAUGUAAAGUACACAGUUGAUGGUUUGGAGAAGAUGCUCAGUGCGCUCUUCAUUCCCCGGCCCAGGAGGGCUGGGAGCUUCCAAAUCAGGCACACAAAUGACAAGAUUACCAGUGCGAUGACAGGCUUUUAUCGGAGUGCUUCUACAGUGAAAUAGCUUUGGUUGAAGAACCAAAUGGUUGGUUCUACUAUUUAUGCAAUAAUGGGAUAUGUAACAAUGAUUCAUUUUCGGCCAGUCAGCAAAUUGCUCCACACUGGACGUGAGGCCCAAUAGUGAACCUGUGAUGAGAAUAUUGGUGGCAUAUGAACAUAGGCUCUUCUAUAGUUCUCAUGGUGAAGGUGAACAGAAGAUGGUGGGGGACAAUGUGCGUAAUUGGGACAUUUCCUACUUAUCAAAUGUCUUCCCUUCUGUUAUUAUGUUAUUGUCCCUAUCACCAUAACCAUUCAUUUAGAAACUUCUGUGGGGACAUGUUGAUAUUUAAUCAGCUGUGUAGUGUAUGUAAAAAUUGGUUUCAUUUUAGGUGGGCUGUAGACAUUUAUUUUAUAUGUUCAAUGUGCUACAAACUGAGCUUCGAUAUGCAAUGUAUUAUAUGAAAAGCUAGAGUUUGAAGAAUCACUGGCAGCUUACUGGUUCAUAUCGGUCCCUGGAUUUCUCAGUGUGCAGAAGUUCUGUGAGAUGGCAAAACGGAGCAUAUAUACACCUGAACAUACUCUAGUUACAUGAUAGUUAUGCAAUCUGAGAGCCCUAUCGCAAUGCUUUUUUUCCCCUGAUGUUACUGUAAAAUAAUUGAAGAGGCCAGAAUGCCGCACUUCUCCUGUUCUUGCUGAAAAUUGACUUGUUCCAGCCAAGUCAGAUAUGGGGGUGUUAGGUUCAAUUGCCAAAGCAAGCAAUAACUUGUACUAUGAUCUGGUAUGAUUUGUUAGUACUGGGGUUGUAUCUAUGUCAGUUCAGAAUGAAUUGAAAGAUCCUAUGGAGUCUGCAUCUUCGGCACGCUGAUGAGUUAUUAAGCCCCUGCAGUUUGUGUUUCCUCCAACUACUGAUCAAGGACAUAAGGGAAACCUGUCCCUCAUCCUGA